AUGGUAGCCGGCGCAAUGUACAGGAAAAGUUUUCGUACUUUCGCUUUACCAAUUGGAAGUACAGAGAAAAAUGACAAGCCAAGAAGAACGAGGCAGACGUAUUCUCGGAAACAGACGCUCGAACUCGAAAAGGAGUUUCAUUUCAAUCGAUACUUGACGAGACGCCGUCGGCAAGAAAUAGCCAAGGAAUUAUGCCUUACCGAGCGACAGGUGAAAAUCUGGUUUCAGAACCGACGAAUGAAGUCGAAGAAGGAACACAAAGACGUUUCGAACAACAGCGAAAGUUUGGACAACGCCUCCGUUACCGCCAAGGAAAAAGUGAUGGCAACGGCUGUGCCGGUGGCGGUGCCGGCAACGGCAGCCAACUGUGAUCUUGUAUAA